CUUCUGGACAUGGACACCUUCUCCAAAUCUGAUCCUGUGGUCGUCCUCUUUAUCCAAGGGAUUGGCAGCAAGGAAUGGCGGGAGUACGGAAGGACUGAAGUGAUUGAAAACUCGCUGAACCCCGACUUUGUUCGCAAGUUCGUGUUGGAUUACUUUUUUGAAGAGAAGCAGAGCCUUCGCUUUGAUGUGUACAAUGUGGACUAUCGGAGCACAAACAUCUCAAAACAAAAGGAUUUCCUCGGACAGGUGUUUUUCACACUGGGAGAAAUUAUCGGAUCUGCAGCAAGCCGUGUGGAGCGAUCAUUGACCGGCGUCCCUGGCAAGAAAUGUGGGACGCUUAUCUUGUCUGCCGAAGAGCUCAGCAACUGUCGGGAUAUUGCAACAAUGCAGCUCUGUGCGAACAAGCUGGACAAAAAGGAUUUCUUUGGGAAAUCGGAUCCUUUCUUAGUCUUUUACCGGAGCAAUGAGGAUGGAACGUUCACAAUCUGCCAUAAAACCGAGGUGGUGAAGAACACACUGAACCCCGUGUGGCAGCCCUUCACCAUCCCCGUGAGAGCCUUAUGCAACGGCGACUAUGACAGAACAGUGAAGGUGGACGUGUACGACUGGGAUCGAGAUGGCAGCCAUGACUUUAUCGGGGAGUACACCACAAGCUACAGAGAGCUCUCCAGAGGCCAAAGUCAGUUUAAUGUGUACGAGGUUUUAAAUCCGAAGAAAAGAGGGAAAAAGAAGAAGUAUGUCAACUCUGGCACCGUGACCCUUCUUUCUUUCAAAGUGGAAUCAGAUUUCACGUUUGUGGAUUACAUUAAGGGAGGAACUCAGCUGAACUUCACUGUGGCCAUAGAUUUCACAGCAUCUAAUGGUAACCCUUCGCAGCCCACCUCCCUCCAUUAUCUGAACCCCUACCAGAUGAAUGCCUAUGCUAUGGCUCUGAAAGCGGUCGGAGAGAUCAUCCAGGAUUAUGACAGUGACAAGCUCUUUCCAGCUCUAGGAUUCGGGGCGAAAAUUCCUCCAGAUGGGAAAAUCUCCCACGAGUUCACAUUGAAUGGGGAUCCAGACAACCCAAACUGCAAUGGAAUUGAUGGAGUUCUAGAGGCGUACUACCAGAGUCUACGCACAGUGCAACUUUACGGGCCCACUAACUUCGCCCCAGUCAUCAAUAAGGUUGCCAGGUCUGCAGCGUCAGUGACCGAUGGCUCCGAGUAUUUUGUGCUGUUAAUAAUCACUGAUGGAGUGAUCUCAGACAUGGUGCAGACCAAAGAAGCCAUCGUCAAUGCCUCAAACCUUCCAAUGUCAAUAAUUAUCGUUGGAGUGGGACCUGCUGAAUUUGAUGCUAUGGAGGAACUGGAUGGGGAUGAAGUUCGGAUCUCUUCCAAGGGUCGGGUUGCAGAACGGGAUAUUGUACAGUUUGUGCCAUUCCGAGAUUACGUUGACCGCACCGGAAACCAAGUCUUGAGUAUGGCUCGACUCGCAAAGGACGUUUUAGCGGAGAUCCCGGACCAGCUGUUGUCCUACAUGAAGUCUGGAGAUAUAAAGCCACGGCCUGCUCCUCCCCCCUACACAUCUGUCUCACAACCAGCGUUUCACACGAGAAUCUGAGGUGGUCAUUGCCACUGAUGUAUUUAUAGACUAUUUUACUACUGGAAUUUCUGUGAGAAUAUGAGUGUGUGUGUGAAAGAGAGAGAGAGAGAACUUCCUUCUUCCAUUGUAGAGUUCUAUUCACUCCACUCUUAAUAUCAUCGUAGUCCUCAUGACUGAAACAUAGACACUUGAAAUCCAUCUGUAAACUUUUAUGGCUUUGUAACAACUCUUACACUUAAAGCAAGCAACAAAUUCUAGACUUUUAACUCUGAGCAAUGCCAUGUAAUCAUCUCGCAGCAUCCCACUCCACCCCCACCCCCGCAAAUGGAUGUAAAGGAGCUUUCAGUGGCAGUUUUGCAUCACUGACUAGUUUAGCGCUGGUCGAUGUGGCAAUGACUGGAUCAUUGUGAAGCUCAAUUUUUUUGUGAGUGACAUUUCUUGAGCUUGUGUUCAGUUUUCUCGAGGAUGUUCCAGUAAGGUUGGACAGUAUUGAGCAGCUCUGGGGAGGAGAGAAGCCAAAGCAGGCCAUGACCUUUGACCUUGGGCUCCAAAAGUCUGUCAGUCAUAUCGUGUCCACUAUGACGCAAGUGAUAAAGAACGGACCCAGGUAUGGAAUGUCUGGCUUCUCCAGACCCUCACAAAGUAGAAUU